AUGUGUCAAAGAAUCGCGUUUCUAUUGCUCCUCCUCUGGGGCUUCUGUGUAUCCGAGCAGCCAGGUAAGGCAGUCUAAAUUACUUUUGAUUACUGUAUUUAAAUAUUUUAUUUCACAUUUGUUCAUUUGUUAGGUCCCAAAUUAAUCGACGAAACCACUCGAUGGAGCAAAUGUAAUGGAGUUAACCAGUCCAUUUAUGACUUUAAUGUAGAGACUCUUCAAGGGGAAUUCACGGAUCUCUCGCAAUACAAAGGACAAGUUCUCUUGGUCAUCAAUGUCGCUACCUUCUGUGGUAUGUUUCUUAUUUGUUUUUGUUAUUCUUUCAGCCUACACCCAACAAUACACUGACUUUAAUCCCCUGAUCGAGAAGAACCGCGCCAAUGGAAAUGAUUUCACCAUCCUGGCCUUCCCUUGCAACCAAUUCUAUCUUCAAGAGCCAGCUGAAAACCACGAGCUUUUGAAUGGUUGGUUAAAAGACAAACGAUCAUCAAUGUAGUAUUUUGCUUUUUAAAACCAUUUAUUUUUAAGGAAUCAUGCACGUCCGCCCUGGAAACGGCUGGAGACCUCACAGGAAUCUGCAUAUCUACGGGAAAGUGGAGGUGAAUGGAGCCAACCAUCAUCCCCUAUAUGAAUUCUUGAAGGAUACUUGCCCUCAGACAGUUGUCCAGAUCGGAAAGAGAGACGAACUCAUCUACAAUCCUAUCCGAGUAAAUGACAUCACCUGGAACUUUGAGAAGUUCUUGAUCGAUCGUCAAGGCCGUCCUCGUUAUCGUUUCCAUCCAACGGCCUGGUCUCAUGGCGAAGUUGUGCAACCUUUUGUGGAGAAACUUCUCAAGGAAAAGGCCGAAUUAUGA